CAUGAAGUGUAUUAAGAAAGUGACCAGGUCUCAGAUUAGCCAAAGCAGAACAGGAAAGGAGUGGAUUGGGUGUGGAGCUGAAUGCAAAGCAGUAAAAGAAGAAAGAAGAGAAGGGCUUUCUGCUUUACUGAGGGGGGCAGAGGCUGCCAGCAAUAGAUUUGGCAGGCACCAGAAGAUCUCGUCUGAGACCGAAACCGGGUCAGCUUGCAAACUAGGAAAGAAGCUGAACCAUCACAUCAGGUACAAAAAUCCUGUUUUUACCCUGCUACCUGUCGAGACAAGUCUGUGUGACUAUGAGGUUGAGGUUGGCUAAACUGCUCCUUCAGCCACUGUGGAGAUCCCAAGCCUUCUGCAGACCUCUCCGCUGUGUGAGCACAGGGCUGCCCAGCCUUCAGAAGACCUUCACCAACUUUGAAGACAUUCACCUAGGAAAACAGCCGAUACCAGAGUAUUUUAAUUUUGCCAGUGAUGUGCUAGACAUGUGGAGUCAGAUGGAAAAGGCUGGAAAAAGGUCCCCAAAUCCUGCUUUCUGGUGGGUCGAUGGUCAGGGAGCUGAGAUAAAAUGGAGUUAUGAAGAGCUGGGGAUCCAAUCCAGGAAGACAGCCAAUGUUUUGUCCAGAGUAUGCAACCUGCGGCCAGGGGAUCGAUUGUUGGUAAUUCUCCCCAGGAUCCCUGAAUGGUGGUUGGUGACUGUGGCUUGUAUGAGAACAGGGGUUGUCAUGAUCCCUGGAAUCUCUCAGCUAACUGUAAAGGAUAUCCAGUACCGACUGCAGGUAUCUGGUGCCAAAGCCAUCAUUACCAAUGACUCCUUAGCACCUCAGGUGGACACCAUUAGUGCUGACUGUCCUUCCCUCCGGACAAAAGUGCUCGUCUCUGGCAGUAGCCGGCCUGGUUGGCUGAACUUCAGAGAACUAUGCCACGUGGCACCUGAAGAACACAACUGUGUGAAGACUAGGAGUCGAGAUCCACUGGUCAUCUACUUCACCAGUGGCACCACAGGUUCACCCAAGAUGCUGGAACAUACCCAAGUCAGCUAUGGAUUGGGCUUUGCCACCUGUGCAAGGAAGUGGACAAACUUAUCAGAUUCUGACAUCUUCUGGAACAUAUCUGACACAGGCUGGGUCAAAGCUGCCUGGACCUUCUAUUCUACUUGUAUAACAGGAGCCUGCCUUUUUAUCCACCAGCUGCCAAAAACUGACACCAGUGUGAUCUUGAAUACACUCUGCCAAAUGCCAAUCACCACCUUCUGUUGUGUUCCAACCAUGUUCCAGAUGCUUGUACAACAUGACUUGACCAGGUACAAGUUUAAGAGCCUGAGGCACUGUGUAACAGGAGGAGAGACCCUCAAUCCUGACGUGAGAAAAAAAUGGAAGAGUCAGACAGGUCUGGAGUUGCAUGAAGGCUAUGGCCAGUCUGAAACUGUUUUGAUCUGUGCCAAUCAAAAAGGUAUGAAAAUCAAGUCAGGUUCCAUGGGGAAAGCUUUUCCACCCUAUGAUGUCCAGAUUGUAGAUGAUGAAGGCAACAUCCUUCCUCCAGGAAAAGAGGGUAACAUUGGCAUCAGGAUCAAGCCAAAGCAGCCUUUCUGUUUCUUCACAGGCUACUUGGACAAUGCUGAGAAAACAGCCUCUUUCAGACGGGGGGACUUUUACAUCACUGGAGACCGUGCCCAUAUGGAUGAAGAUGGUUACUUCUGGUUUAAGGGAAGAGCUGAUGAUGUGAUCAAUUCUUCAAGUUACCGAAUUGGACCCUUCGAAGUAGAAAGCGCCCUGUCGGAACAUCCUGCUGUUGUUGAGUCAGCUGUGGUCAGCAGUCCAGACCCCAUCAGGGGAGAGGUGGUAAAAGCUUUCGUAGUUUUAAAUCAAGACUUUAUCAACCAAGACCCAGGGGAACUGACUCGGGAAUUGCAAGAACAUGUCAAAAGGUUGACAGCACCAUACAAGUACCCCAGAAAGGUGGAAUUUGUCGAAGCGCUGCCAAAGACAGUCAGUGGGAAGAUUCAAAGGAGCAAAUUAAGAAAGAAAGAGUGGGGGAAUUGAGAU